UACGUGAGUGAGCCUUGGAUGUGCCAUAGUAGCUGAUAAGAGACAAGCUUUGAGUUUAGUCGGUUGUGUCAACCGGACAAUAUUUGUGCUGAAGUGCUUACCAAUUUACUUGGAUUUAUUAUUAGGAUACAUAUAUAAAUAUAAAUAUAAAUAAAUAUAUAUAGUUUAAUUUAUUGAUAGUAAUAAUGCCCGCGACUCCGAGCAAGCUCAAUUCGAGCUUUGCUAGAAAUGCAUACAAUGCUUUUAAUAAUCGAACGCCAACGGAUAAUGUUGACACACAAGUUGAACAAAAAACUGAAUUGUUGGAGGGCACGAGGGGCAAUGAACUGUUGCAGCUUAAAAACGGAGUGGAUUAUAUUAAUCCUGGUGAAGAAGAUCAGAUGGAAAUUUACGGAUACCGUAGGAAUAAAAUCUUUACAAUAAUCACUUGGCUCCUGAUAAUAGCAACUGGUGGUCUCCUACGUCUUGUAUUUCAUUGGGUACCACAUUUGAUGGUACGAGCAACUCAUUCUAAAUGUUCACUUGACGAGGCUGAUACUGUGCUGCUGAUCGAAAGAUUUCAAGGCAAACAUGCUUACUAUUAUGUAAAAAAACUAAAGACACUGACUGCUGCUGAUGUAUCUAAAAAUGCACUGGACAGCGAGACACUGAUUGAUGAAUCUUGGAAUGAUGCGGCUAGUGUCAAUUCAACGGAUCUGGCUGGCGUGACAACUAUUGAUGAUACUCUGAAACUGUCGGUUCACUUGCACAGCGGACAUUUUAAACGAGUGUCCUCUAUUUUGAUGUUCACAUGCAAAAAACUUGUUUACAUCUGGGAUAAUGAACGAGGCGAAUUUCUUAAGCUAGCUGGCUUAGAUACUGGUGUUUCUACAUCAACGUUACACCAAAUGCCGGGAUUGACUUCUCAGGAACAAUUUCUGAGGCGCAGCGUCUAUGGCAAGAACGAAAUAAAAAUCCCUCUGAAAAGUUUUUUCCAUUUAUUGUGUCUCGAAGCACUGAAUCCAUUUUACGUUUUCCAAUUGUUCAGUUUCUGUCUGUGGAUGGCCGAUGUUUACUACUAUUACAGCGCAGCAAUUAUAUCGAUGGCUUGUUUCAGUAUGACAAUGGCUGUCAUCCAAACCCGCCGUAAUCAACAUAAACUAAGUUCGACAGUCCAUUCAUCAGAUGUAGCUACAGUUAUGAGAAGUCGAGAGACCGGCAAAACUGACUCAAUAUCAUCUGACCAGUUGGUUCCUGGUGAUAUCCUAGUGAUUCCUCCCUACGGUUGUCUGAUGCCCUGUGACGCAGUUCUUCUUACUGGAAUGUGCAUCCUCAACGAGUCGAUGUUAACUGGAGAAUCCGUGCCCGUCACCAAGACCCCGGUCCCAUCUUCAGCGGAUAUGAUAUACGAUACCAAAGAACACGCACGUCAUACCCUCUUCUGCGGCACGAAAGUACUCCAAACUCGAUACUUGGGAGGUGAAAGAGUCCUUGCUGUAGUAAUUCGCACGGGGUUUACUACCAGCAGAGGAGAACUCGUGCGAUCAAUAAUGUACCCGCCACCUGUUGACUUCAAAUUCGAACAAGAUUCAUACAAAUUCGUUGAAUGCCUAGCGUGUGUCGCAGCCAUUGGUGCUAUUUAUACAUCAAUAACCAAAUCAAUGCGCGGCGUACCUACUGGUGACAUUUUUCUAGAGGCUUUGAAUCUCUUUACUGUAGUAGUUCCACCAGCGCUGCCUGCUGCCAUGACAAUAGGGCGUUUGGUAGCCCAAAACCGACUUGAGAAGAAACGGAUUUAUUGCACAAUGCCUCGUGCUGUUAUCGUUUCUGGAUCUAUUGAUUGUGUUUGUUUUGAUAAAACUGGAACCCUUACAGAAGAUGGACUAGAUAUGUGGGGAGUAGUUCCAGUGAUAGACACUCAAUUUUUUGUACCGAUCAAGUCAAUUGGCACGUUGCCUCUAUCGGAAAUGCUGUUUGGCAUGGUCACUUGCCAUGAAAUAACAAUCAUUGAUGGAUCAUUGGUUGGAGAUCCACUGGAUCUAAAGAUGUUCGAGUCAACCGGCUGGACCCUUGAAGAGCCUGAUGUAUCGGAUAACACCAAGUUCUCAAUGAUGUUCCCUAUAAUCGUACGCCCGCCUAAAAAUUCAAAAUUUCCGCAAACUUACCAAGACUUACAACCAGACAUGUCUCAAAACCAAGAUAAUUCAAUCAUUAACUCCGAAAUAGAAAACUUGUCACUAAACAAUUUGGCUGUUUCGGAUGCGGAAUUAGCUGAGCAAGGAUUAGAAAUAGGAAUUGUAAGACAGUUUCCUUUCACAUCGAGCUUACAGCGUAUGAGUGUCAUCACCCGGACGUUGGGUGCUACGCACUAUGAUCUCUACUGCAAAGGAAGUCCGGAAAUGAUCCAAAGUCUAUCACGCCCAGAAUCAAUCCCUGCAGAUUUUGCUUCAGUUCUCCAGGAAUACACCUCCGAAGGUUACCGUGUGAUUGCAAUGGGACACAAACCACUCAAUAAAUUAACUUACGCCAAAGUUCAGCGUUUGAGCCGUGAGUCUGCGGAAAUUGAUCUCCAUUUCCUGGGUUUCGUUAUCCUAGAAAAUCGACUCAAGCAAGAAACUACUCCAGUUAUAGAAGAACUUAAUCGUGCAUCAAUAAAGACAGUAAUGGUUACUGGCGAUAACAUACUUACGGCAUUGUCUGUAGCACGUGAUUGUGAAAUGAUACAAUCAGACAUGCCAGUUAUUGCUGUAACUGCGCUACAACUUGGUCAGCAAAAGCCACAAUUAUAUUACACCCGCAGUGAUCAUACCGUUUCGUCACCAAUGCCCUCAAGCAUUAGCGUAAUAACCAAUCCGGAUAGCAUCGAUUGGUUAGAAAUAGUCGAAAAUGGUACUUUCGGAUGCACAGAUGAGAUCUAUUUCGCAGACGACUGUUACAAGUACAAUACUAACAAGUAUGUUUUUGCGGUUGAUGGCAAAACCUGGGCCAUAAUCAAACAAUACUAUCCAGAACUUCUUCCUAAAAUAGCAACACGUGGUGCGAUUUUCGCACGGAUGUCACCAGAUCAGAAGCAACAGCUGGUUCAAGAGUUACAAAGUCUUGGCCACUAUGUCGCCAUGAUCGGAGACGGUGCCAAUGAUUGCAGUGCCCUGCGGGCUGCACACACUGGAAUCUCACUCUCCGAUACGGAAUCAUCAAUAGCAUCUCCAUUUACCAGCCAGGUUACCAAUAUCUCUUGCUUGCUGGCUGUUAUCCGGGAAGGACGUGCUGCUUUGGUCACCUCGUUUGGUAUCUUCAAGUACAUGGCGGCUUAUUCACUAACACAAUUCGUCUCAGUGAUGAUUUUAUACGAAAUAGAUUCCAACCUAACGGAUUUCGAGUUCUUGUAUAUCGACUUACUGAUCAUAUCAGUGUUUGCAUUCUUUUUACCACGUACUGCAGCGUAUGAUGGUCCGCUGUUCAACAAACCUCCAGUGACUAGUUUGAUCAGCACAUCCUCACUAUUGAGCCUCGCGACGCAAAUGAUCAUUAUCACCGGGUUUCAAUGUUGGAGUUACUUUAACCUCAAACAGCACGAUUGGUACGAACCGUUCGAUGCCGACGGAAAAGAAUACAAAGACGACGUCUCCUGUUUAGAGAACUACACCCUCUUUACCAUCAGCUCAAUGCAGCAUAUUAUACUCGUUGCAACCUUUUCCAAAGGAUACCCAUAUCGCAAAAGUUUUUUUACCAACCACGGGUUGAUGACGUACUUCAUUUUGAUGUCUCUAAUGUCUAUUUACUUGGCUAUGGGUCCAUUUGAGUGGGUACGUAACCUAUUAGAACUGGAAAUGCCGCCAGAUUUGUCAUUUAGGAUGAGAUUGGUCUUAUUCGGUGCAGCCAAUUUGAUUAUUUCAUUACUCGUCGAAUACUUCAUAGUUGAUUACUUAAUUUCCGGUAAACUGCCAUACCGAUGGCAGAAUGCCAACAAAUCAAAACCCAAGUUUUUGGCAAUCGAACGCGAUAUGUCAAAAAACAUGAAAUGGCCACCUUUGACACGAGAGCCUCCGACUCCAGAUGUCGCAAAAGCUGAUUUGAUAAGACGGAACACGCUUACGGAAAUAAAAAUAGAGAAGCGUAUUUCUGAUAAUGAAAUAGCCUUGGGACAGAUAACAUUGUCACGACCCCCAAUAAUUACGGCAUUAGCUGGCAGCUUAUGAUGCAUUUACGAGACUCAAAGUGGGAAGGAAAUGCGGGAGCUGUUGCACAAAUGAAAUAAUGGUCCUAUGCAAUCUUGUAGA